CUGUCACGCCCAUCAGCAAAGCAAUGCCAGCUUCCACACCAGAGUUUCUGGCAGCUCAGAUAGGACAAACACUGUGCAACAUGAAGGUUCUGCUACUGCUGCCCCUUCUCCUGGCUUCCAUCGGCAUCAGCGCCAGCCACCCCGGUGUUGAUGCUGCAUUUAAACGGAUUGAACGUGCUUCCACAGCGAAGCACACCAUCAGGUGCAUCGCAGAGGACUUCGUAUUCAUCAAUAACUUGGAGCUGACAUGUUCGGGGAGCGUUCCUCAGUUUUGUUAUACAACAGACAAAGGUGGGAAAGGCUGUGCCACCUUGGAGAUAUGCCAGAAGAUGGGCUGGAAGUGCUGCAACAGCAACCUGUGUAAUAAGUGACUGACGUCUAGUGCCGAAGGCACGGCCCAAAUGAACCUGGCAGCAUUAGGCCUGGGAGGAACCUUUUAAUUACUAAUCAUUUUACUGCUCAUUUAAUAAAGAUACUAUUGCAGCAUUCUAAA